AUGCGUCUCGCGGCGGGGGCAUGUCCUUCCCUAACAGGCGAGGUGGUGGCCAAGCUGGAAGCUCAGGGCGUGAGGGGCGUGAGGGACCUGAUGCUCAGAGACUGCGAGGAUUUAGCCAGGGAAGCUUCAGUCAGUUACAGGGUGGGUGGCGGCACUAGUGGAGACGUAGGGUUCAACGAUGGCUGGGCCGCGUCCGGGAAGCUUCAUAUUGGAUGGGAGCUACGCAGCAUCCGCCGAGUGGCCAUCACCCACCACUCUGUGUUUGCUGUGUCAGGCCGGGAGUUGCUGCAGGAGGCCAUCUGUACCACCCAAGUCUUUUCCACCGGCUGUAAAAUGCUGGACAAGUUGCUAGAGGGCGGCCUGACAACAGGAGAGGUGAUGGAGGUAUGUGGAGCCUCUGGGGAGGGCAAGACCACUCUCUGCCUUCAGUUGGCUCUCCACGCUGCACUGGAACAAGGCCUAUGUGUCCUCUUUGUUGAUCCUGUGGGCGGCCUCAACCAUCUCACAAUGAAUCCCUUAGUAGAAGCACUUCCCCAUGACUCACAGGUGGUGGACAAUGCUCUGAGUCGCAUCAAGGUGACAGGAGCAUCAGAUAUAUGGGAAGUGUUUGCUGCCCUAAGGAUCGCCACUCAGCCUUUCAUUCCUGUGAGGUGUGGCCGACUGGGUAAGGGAGGAGCUCAAGGUGGUAACCUGGCCAAGAUUAAACUGGUGAUUAUUGAUUCCUUGGCUUCUGUGAUGCUGCCUCUCAUCACCAAGGAAGACUCCAAGCAAGGUCUUGCAAUUCUAAACCAGUUGGCGGUGAGACUCAAGACUGUGGCAAAGGAGCACCAGGUGGCGGUGGUGGUGGUAAACAAUGCAGUGCAGGCAGGUAGUGGACACAACAACCUACAACACCACACUCCCAAGCCCAAGUGGAUGCCAACACUGGGCAGGUUCUGGCGUUCCGUUCCACACAUUCGCCUGUAUGUCAAGAGAGUGAGAGGAACAGACCCUCCAGUGAUAGUCAAUGCAACUUCUGAGGAUGAGUGUCUGGCCCCUAAGAGUCCACUGAAACUCAGUGUUGCAGUGUGGAAGGGGACAAGAAUCAAGACUGGCAAGGCAGUAGUCACCCUUCCCUUGGCAUCUCUAAGGCAGUCUAGUUCUGAAAGUUCCUCUUAAUCCCUUUACUUUUAAUAGCUGACUAAGCAUGCCAUGAAAAUAUCUCUUUCUCUCUCAUUCAUCUAUAUAUUUGUCUAGUCUUCUUUUAAAGCUCCCUAAUGACUUAGCACUAACAAAUCUGCAGGUUACUGAGUCUGUUCCACUCAUUCCUCCAGUGAGCUGUGAUGUAAGUUAAAAGUUAUAAGACAAGAAUAUUUAUCUGAUCUAUUUACUGAAGUGUUUUGUUGGUAGAUUUGAUGUCAGAGUUUAAUAAAGUUAAGGAAUGUU